CAAAAAGAAAAAUUAUAACACACUUAUAUUUUGUGAAAGAAAGAAAGAAAUAAAAUAUAUAUAGUUCACAAAUUGAACUUCAAUACAUACAUUGUUCGAUACAUUAUUUAAAUCUAGAGUUUCACAUUGUGGUUGGUAGAUUAAUUGGAUGAUGCAUAGUAUAAUUCUAGGGUGUGGAUGUGUAGUGUAUUUUUAUAACGUAGUUCUGCAGAUGACUUCGUGGUUCAUUGUAUAGUUCCUGAACUAGUUAGAUUCUCUCAGUUUACUGAAGGUUAAGUUAAUGAUUCCUGAACUGCAGUUAGAUUCUUUCAGUUUACUGGUCUAUUUUUGCAUUAUAAUAAAUACAACUCAUAUGGUAUGUUGAUUUCAUAUUAAUUCAUUAUUUGAAUAUUUGAUUUUAGUUAAGGUUUUCAUCUUUGAUCAGAGUGGAUCAUGAAACAAUCAGAAAAGCAAACCGUAGAUUUACAGGCCAGAGGUCUUGGCAGGGACCACCACAAGUUAAGUGAAUGGUGACAUCUGUGCAUAGAAAUACAGAUUGAGAAAGUUGCGCAAUGUGAUUAGUGCAGUGUUCUGCGCAGCCUUCUCAUUCUUGUUUCCUUUUACUUCAGCGGCAAGAGAACUCCACUGCUAUUUAUCGAUUAAAGUAAAAUAAGAUCUAUAUGUAGAGAGCAACACCCAAACCCGGAAGGUUUCUAUGAGUGUUUUCUUCGAAGUAAUUGAAGUGAUUCCUUCAACUAUUUCAGGCGGGCACACAGGCGGAGUGUUGUUUUUUCAUUUUUUUAUUUUUUAUUUAUUUUUUGCAAAAUAAAAUAAGUGGAUUGUUUUAAGCGGUGCAUCCCAAAAGAAGAGACGGUAGUACAAGAAAAAUAUAACGCGAUGGGGCGCUUGAAGAUAGAUGUGGACAAGAAGCGACCAGCUUCGAAGAUCAAUUCAACGUUUUCGAAACGGAAAGAUGGACUAAUGAACAAGGCAAAGCAGAUGGGUAGCUUGUGCGACGUGGACGUGGCGUUGAUAGUAUUCUGCCCCAGAGGAGAUGAUGUGAUCGAUGUGUCGCACGGGGGCACCAUUGAUGAAGUGUACCAAAGAUAUGUGCGUUUCAGGCAGCGCCACAACCGACCACAACAGCUCGUCUACAGGCCCAGGACUGGACCGCGUGGUCAUCAAGAAGCACCUGACCCACACCCCGCAGGUAAUGUGCACUCCCUCAAUCUACCUGGACCGGCACACGAUCUGGAUGGACCAUACGGGCUCUUUCCAGACGCAGCAGCAGGGGGAGGAGGAGAAAGAGGAGGAGGAGACGGAGAAGGCAGAGGUGGAGCAGAACUGCAGGCUGGGGGGAUUCCGCUGAGCCCGAAUGAGGCGUUCGAGCUGUAUCUGAACCUGAAGGCGCAGAUGGAGACGGUGAGCCAGUACCUGGACUUGCAGCACCGACAGCAGGUAAACCAGCAGCAGGCUCUCCCUCCUCCUCCUCCUCAUCCGUUCCCUCCCAUGCAGCAACAACAGCAGCACCUCCCCCAGGAUGUCAUGGCUCCCCCGCACCACUUCCUCCCCAACCCCCCUCCCUUCAACGCCGACGCCCUGUUCCACAACCCCAAUCCCUUUCCCAACUGAACCUCCUCUCGUCUCCCCCACCUCCUCCGUCUCCUUCGUCUCCAUCUCCUGCGUCUGGGAUUGUGCUGGUAUGCAUUGUGUAGGCAUGCCAUUGAUUGGUUGGUUUUAGAUAGAAUACAUGUGAACUCUACACAAUUUUGUAUUAAAACAUCCUUUUGGGUUCUACCAUUCAA